CUACACUAUAUGGGCAUUGUUCCCUUUGCCUUCCCUAAAAAGGAGAACGUUAAAAAAUGACAAUGACAUUAGGGAAAUCGUGAAUUGUAUUUGCAGCUGAAUUUUAUUCAAAUUGUAGAAAUGUUAUAAUUAAUUCAGUAUUCAACAUUUUAAAUAUGGGUCAUUAUUGUUAAUUUACUAAGCAAUAUAUAUAAUUCGAUAUAAUUGCCUUUAAAAUUCAGGUUUGUAUUUUAAUUAUUUAUAGAUACAUGCCAAUGCUUGGUGAUGGGAUAUUGCUAUAUCAGUUGUAUUUAUAAACAUUUUAGGUGUAUUGGAUGGAAGCAAUGCCUGAACAUCUGGAACUUCAACACCUCGUGGACUUAUCAGCUGGCAGUGGUGAUGAAACAAUACCGAAUCUAUUGGAAAACAAGAGGCCCCUUAUAAAAAGAUGUCCUUAUCUGGGUCUGAUACUGGCUACCCUGUCGUCUUUGUUUUUCUCUUUAUGCUCAGUUAUCGUGAAGAGCCUCGUUAAUAUCGAUCCAAUGCAACUAGCCAUGUUUCGUUUCAUAGGGGUACUUUUGCCUACAAUACCAAUUGUUAUUUAUACAGAACAACCUAUUUUUCCGCCGGGAAAGCGAUUAUUGCUUAUUCUGCGAUCCAUUGUGGGGACAGUGGGACUAAUGUUAAGUUUUUAUGCCUUCCGGAAUAUGCCACUCGCUGAUGCAUCAGUGAUUGUGUUUUCAGUGCCUGUUUUUGUAGCACUGUUUGCAAGAGUCUUUUUAAAAGAGCCUUGUGGUAUAUGGAAUACAAUUUCGAUAAUAUUGACUCUAAUUGGUGUAAUAUUGAUAACGCAUCCACCAUUCCUCUUUGGUAGUGAUUUGUCUGUAGAGCACAAUCAAAACUUUAACAGUUUGAGAGGUGCUGUUGCUGCCUUUAUUUCUACAAUAUUUGGAGCAAAUGCUUAUGUUUUGUUGAGAGUGCUAAAAGGGUUGCAUUUUUCUGUAAUCAUGACCAACUUUGGUGCUAUUGCCAUAUUGCAAACUUUUUUUUAUUCCUUUGUCUUUGGAGUCUUGUGCAUGCCUAAUUGUGGCACUGAAAGGUUUUUGGUUGUUUGUUUGGCUUUGUUCAGUUAUCUGGGACAGAUUCUGUUGACCAUGUCCUUGCAAAUGGAACAGGCUGGCCCAGUGGCUAUUGCGAGAUCAGCCGACAUUGUAUUUGCAUUCCUUUGGCAGGUGAUGUUUUUCAAUGAAAUACCCAGCAAGUUUUCCAUAUGUGGAGCGAUUUUGGUGUUGAGUUCAGUAAUGCUUGUUGGUCUGAGAAAGUGGGCUUUAGCCUUACCUGCUGACUCACAGUUAAGAAGUAAAUUAGGUGUUUUGGCACAAUAAUGUAUUGAAACAUGUUAAUUAGAUCUCACAUGUUUUGCUUAGUUUAUAUGAAGGUAAAGAUACUGUAAGUAUUACCUUGUUUGAAAUCAUGUUUUACAAAAGAGAGUUACUUAAUAUUAUGUUUUAGAUUGCACUUAAUGUUGCUUGUUAAUUUAUUGGUUAUUUAAGGCUCUUUCCUAGGUAUUACCAUAUAUGAAGUAGGUGUAACCAAAUACAAUAAUGACAUAGUGUAAUGAAUAUUUAAGUAAGUAUAACUUUUACCCUCGAAGACUGUUAUAUAAGUCCAUUUAAACUUGUGUUGUGUACCUUGCCUGUGAUGUUAUGAGCAAAUGUCCUUUUUGAGUUUGAAAUAUACUAUUUGUUCAUCAAUUUUAGUUUUUUCUAUUUAUUGUUAAAAGGAUCAUUAUGACAAACUUUAGUCUUAGACAUAUAUAUAUUAUGUUGUUAUGUAUAUUCACUUGAGAUAUAGAUUGGAGUUAAUUUGUAUAUAAUUGGCAAAAUAAUUUUAUUAAUUUUAUUGUGUACUUAGAAGCAAAUUUUUAUGUAAUUAGGAUUCAU